AUGAUCGUAUGCAUUUUACUCUCUAGUUGUACUUGGCAUGUGGUUGUUGUAAAAGCAGAUUUGAAAACACCGCCACGAUGUGUUGGUAUGGCACCAGACUUGCAAGCAGAAGCCGAUAGCGAUGUCGAAACGGUUGACUGGUGGUUCCUGUUAUCAAAGCAAUCAAACAAGGACAAUACAGGUGGAGGUUUUAUUUACAUUGAUUCUCGUGGUCCUGAUCAUUAUCAUGAUAUCGAGGAAAGUCAGUUUCCCAAAGAUUACCCAAUCUCUAUCAAAAUAUUUUGGGAGAGACACAUAGAAAGAGCAUACGCAAACAACAAGGAUGUCUAUGAAGAAUGUGUCACAGAGAAUAAGAAACAAACAAAUGAGGAGGGUCUUGUCGAUCCUACAUGUGUAAAUGAAAAACAAAUAGAGGCACAGGCUUGGUACCAUGACAUCUUGGGUCGUGCCGGUCGUGGUGAACCGAAACCCACAGCCGAAGAUAGUGACCAUGAAAGUAUUGAUCAUGAAGAGGCAAUCCCUGAAGGUACUUUUAGACACGCACAUGCAAAGUAUCUAAUAUCUGUAGACACUGGCACUGGAAAUGGAUUUAUUAUCGACCAUUCACUCAACAUUCCAUCUAUCACGAUUGAUACAGCCACUGGAUGGUUUGAUCCAUAUAACCUUUUUGGUCCAAAUGUAGGUGGUUCAGAGGGCAAGUUUGUAAUGUCCCAUCACAGUUUUUGUACCAAUUUUCAACAAAAGGAUGACAUUGAUCCUGAUGGUGAUAUUGACAUUGAUUUUGAGGAAACAACUCAAGGGGCAACAGAAAGGGAGAGACUAGGUGCUUUUAUUCGACACUCAUUAAAUGACCCCAUUAAUGUUUGUCUUACAUCUAUGGAGCUAGGAACUGGAAUGACUAUUUAUGGUUUUGAUAUUAGAGUGAAACCAUUUGAACUUUCUGACCCUGGUAAGGAUCCAAUCAGAUCCGCUAUGCUUGACAAUAGCCGCCAAAAAGAAUUGGGCCCCAAGAAAACAGUUAUUCAACUUGGAAUGGAUCCAUUCACAUACAUUGCAAAGACGACCCGAGAUGUUUACUAUGUAUCAACUUAUUCACAACCUGGUCGUGUUGAUAUUCCAUCUAUUUAUAUGGACGAUCAUGAAUGGGGAAUCUUUAAUAUUAGGGGUUGGAAUUAUGACGGAGGUGUUCGUAGAAAAAGACAUGAGAAAUUAUCAUUCACAAAAGGAGGAAGAGUUUGUGUUGGUGACGCAAAUAGAAAUUUGGUUCACACUCUUUAUGCUGGAAUUUAUAUAUGUUUUGAAGAUAUUACACUGGGAGAGGCACUCUUUAAGAAGAUACACCAUGUUGAUGUAUCGAAUAGUUAUAUCUACGAUAUAGAAGGAACCUUUUUGCUUCCCGAUACCAAUGCUAUCGAGUUUAGUUUACCCAUGGACGAAAAUUUCCCACCUUAUUCGAAUGAGAUCAACGCCGCAAAAAGAGCACUGCCAUCACUGAUGUACCCACUUGUUGGACAAACCAAAUCUCAAUCUCGAAUCGAAAGAAAAGGUUGGGCAUUUAUAGGUCCAUCGGGCGAGGAACUCCCCACAGAUGAUGAAGAUGAUUAUUCAGAUAUGGAUGUUGACGACAACGGUUAUUCAAAUAUGAAUGUUGACAACAAUGGUUAUGAGGAUGGUGAUGUUGACAUUAUUGGUUUAUAA